AUGGCCGACUCACACCGAGAUCUCUUGCGGUUCGAGCUGCGCAGCAUGGCCAUGCUCCAUCGGAUGUCGCAUGCUGCACUGCUCGAGCAGACUGUUUCAGAAUUGGCCUUCUGGCAGCUCCGCAAGGACGGGAGUCAGUUCCUGGAGGAGGUUGUUCUCGACGUGGACCUCUGUGGUCACCCGUCCGCCCCAGACCGCAUGAUGGAUGGCAACAUUCGGCACCCGGCCGCUGGGGCGCCGGCUGCCGCCCCGUGCGCGGCGGCUCACACCGUCGCCGCGGCGAUGGCGGCCGCCCAGGACGCCGGCGGCUCCAGGCCCCCGCCGCAGCUCGUCGGCCGGCGGGCGCGCCAGGAGGCCGCGAGCGGGCCGCGCGGAGAGGCCGCGGGCACCCGAGGCACGGCGCCGGCCGUGCCGCCCCCGGCGCCGCCCGCCGCGGACGAGAGCGACGCCGACAGCGACGGUGACGUACAGGAGGGCGCGCGCCGACGGCUCGCCGCCUGGCUGGCGCUGCUCGCCUUGGCGCUGCUAACCCUCGGCGGGCCCGCGGUGGCCUACCUGAGCACGGCGCGCCCGUGCUGGAGCGACGGCAGCGGCCGCACUGGCCGCGAGCACUGGGCCGCCGAUUGGCCGCUGCACGCGGUGUCCGCACCCGCGUCCUUGGCCCUGGCGGCUUGGUGCGUCGCCGUGCGCGGGCGUUCCCGCCCCAGCGUGCCGCUGCACGCGUGGACGCGCCGCUUCGCGGCGUGUGCCGCCGCGCAGACGGCUGCCGUUCUCGCCCAGCGUCUGGUGGACCCGGGGUGCCACGGCGCGGCGGGCGCGACGUGGGAGGGCGUGUGCGGGGCGCUGUACAAUGGAGCCUACGCCGCGACCCUGGUCGUCCCUUACUACCUGCUGCUGCUGAAGCUGCGCGCGCUGGGGCUGCGGCUCCUGGCGCGGGCAGCCCGCGCCGCCCUCGUGGCCAGUGCUGCGGGCCUCGCGACCUUCGUCGUGGCCCGGGCGGCGGCGCGGGCCCUCGGCGCCCUCGGCAGGGCGGGCGCGGGCGGCGGGCUGUUGCCCGCGGCGCUCGCUGUGGCUGGAGGGCUCGGCUUGCUGGUGGCUGCGCUCGGCGCGGCGGCGGUGGCCUGCUGCGGGGCGUGGGGCCUGCUGACCGCCGCCGCGCACGCGGCGCGCUGGGGUGGCGCCAAGGCGGCGCAGCCGGCUCGCUGGGUGGGCGGAACAGCCGUGCUGGUCGUGGCGUCGUAUGUGCUGACGCUUGCGGAGGGGCUCCUCUUGCUCGACGCCCUCGGCCCUGGUGGUGACGAAGCUUCGUGGCACGCCCAUGCCUGGGGCCAAGCCGUCAACAACGGCUUUAACUGCCUGCAAGUGGCCUUCCUCUCCGGCCUCGCGGGGCCGCGGUCGUUACGGCGCCUGGCAGUGCAGGCUUUCGAGCGCAUCAACUGCUGCAGCGCGGAGGAGCUGCAGGGGUGCUACGAGGAGUUUUUGGUGUACCUUGACGACGCCCAGAUCAAGUGGGUCCGAGUGGGAUACCUUCGGCGUCUUGCUGAAUCUGGAUCUAUCAUGGUGCGCUGCCAGGAUUUGCCCGCUGCAGAGGCCGUCAUCGGCCGCUCGGGAUUUCCGGAGGGCAGGGGUGACCCCAAGCACAGAUUCGUGUUGUCGCACCCUUGGCUGUCGAAAAGGCAUCCAGAUCCUGGCGGAGCGAAGUUGCAGAUAUUGGUGCGACAGUUGGACCUCCUGAGUGCACUCGACGAGGACGCGGUUUUCAUCGAUUCACGGCCUUCCGCAGCACAACACAUCGCAUCCAGAGUACGAGAACCUGGAGCAGGCAGACAAUUGGCCGAAGCCUGGUGA